GGCAGCAAUCAGCUUUUGGUUCUUGCUUUGUGAGAAUAAUCUUCCUAUUUUAUGUUCUUGUUUCUGUCUUUCAAUCCAACCCCUUACUGCCUUCCUGCGGAUUCGAGAACCCCUUUAGUUUCUCAACGACGGAAAUGGCUUCCCUCAACUUACCAUAGAUACACAACCAUCAACUCGUGGCCUUGGCUUGUCAGACCAUAUUCUGUAGCUUGACAUACCGGCACUAUAGUGAGCAGUAAUCAAGAAACAGCAUGGUGUGGGAUCUGUCAGCGCACAAUGUAACGUAUCCCAUCCACUAAGCGACGGCCCGUUUUCCCCUUAAAUCCCUCCAGUAUUCAUCCCCCAAUCUGUCACCAUGCCCGAGAGGAAAUCCUACGCUGUGCUGACGUCUUGCUAGGGGACCAAAGACUAUCGAAUCUGACAGCUGGCUAAAUCCAACAACAGAAUCCGAGCCGACCUUACAGCACUUCUGAACCAACCUCACGACGCCCGUAUAGCCCAUCUUCAGGGGUAUUUAAGCAUGCUAGCCUGAUUCCACAGUAGUGGCGCAUAUGACCCGCGUUCCGACGACUCAAUCCAUGAUGGAUUCCCACGUACGAUGAUGCGAUUCGGAGGGUAUACAUAAGUAUAGACUCAAGUCAUUGACCUUCAUCAUGGACUUCCCCAGGGAGUUCAGCUCGGCUCACUCCUUCAAGAUUCUUCGAGCAAAACGCGCUCAUCGAUUGAAGUAUCAAGCGACAAACCCACCCUUCACAACAUAAUGCUGCGGACUUUCAUCUUGUCGCUUGUGAGCCUCGCGGCGGCGCAAGACCGCCUCUUUUCCUCGGCCUUUGGGUACCCCGGCCGCAAUGCAAGCUACGAUUACAUCGUCAUCGGCGGCGGCACCGCCGGCCUAACUAUCGCGUCGCGCCUCGCCGCAACCUCGGCCUCCGUCGCUGUAGUCGAGGCCGGCGGUUUCUACAAGGUCGAAAAUGGCAACAACAGCAUCGUGCCCCUCCUCUCGCUGACCGGCAUUGCCUUCAUCGAUCCAUCGCCAGAGUUCACACCGCAGCCCCUGAUGGACUGGUCCCUGGUUUCGGAACCGAUCGCAGGCGCCGGAGGCCGACGGGUGCACUAUGCGCAGGGAAAAACGCUUGGAGGGUCUUCUGCGAUCAACACCAUGUCGUAUAUCCGCGGAACAAAGGGAUCCUAUGACCUCUGGGCCGAGACAGUUGGCGAUGAGACGUUUCGCUGGGAGAACAUGCUCAGGUUUUUCAAGCGCUCUGUCGACCUCACGCCGCCGAACGAGGAGAAGAGGCAGAACACGAAUGCGACUGUGAGGUUCGAUCCUAGCGACUACGAUAAGCAGGGAGGCCCGUUGCAGGUUUCUUGGAAUAACUGGGUCGACCCGACGCUGACGUGGCUUGCUCAAGUGGUUCUGAGCCUCGGACUGAGUAUCAGCCCCAAGGGAUUCAGCAGUGGCAAGCUCGCGGGAUACGGCGCGUGGGUGCCUUCGACGAUCGAGCCGGAAAAUACGCAGCGAUCUACGAGCGAGAGCAGCUUUCUACGACAGGCUAUCAAGAACACUGAAAUCACUGUGUACACUCACACUCAGGCAACUAAGAUCCUGUUCGAUGGCACCAAGGCUGUGGGCGUGAGCGUCAACUCCCAAGGGGUCGAGUACACCCUGUUUGCUAAUGAAGAAGUCAUCCUCACCGCUGGCACGUUUCACUCUCCGCAACUUCUCCAAGUCUCUGGGAUUGGUCCUCGCGAAAGACUGGAAGCUCUCUCAAUCCCGGUCAUCGCCCACAUCCCCGGCGUGGGACAGAACCUGCAAGACCCAAUCCAGAUCUUCGUCGCGUACCCCGUUAGCACGCCUUCUGCACAAUCUCUCACUAAUGAUCCAGCCCUCAAUCCAGGCUUCGUCGAAGAGUAUCUCAAAUUUGGCACCGGUCCCUACAGUUCCGCUGCAGGCUUUUUGGCGCACGAGCGGCUUCCCAACUCUACUCUCGCCAAUCUCACGCAAACAACUCGCGACAAGCUUGCUUCGGUUCCUUCUGACUGGCCUCAGCUUUCCUUCAUCGUAGGAUCCUUCUCAACUGGGCCAGGACAAACUAGCGGGACUCUCGCUGCUUACCUCCCUCUCGUUUUCUCCCGCGGUAACGUCACUAUAUCGUCAGCUUCCAUUGACGCGAAGCCGGUCAUCAACUUGAAUUGGUUAUCCGACUCCGCCGAUGUAGAAAUGGCUGUCACGGCCGUCAAGCGGCUACGUACGGCUUGGGCCUCACCAUCCGCCAAUACUCCCGGAUUCAAGACUGGCCCUGAGCUGCUCCCAGGAGAUUCGGUGCAGACCGACGAACAGAUACUGGAGUAUGUGAGGGCUAACGUGGGGCAAGUGUGGCAUCCUGUGUCCACUGCUGCCAUGGGAAAAGAGGAAGAUGUCACAUCGGGCAAGGCGGUGGUAGACAGCCGCGGGCGUGUGUUUGGUGUCCAGGGACUGAGAGUUGCUGAUGCGAGCACUUUUCCAUUUGCUCUGCCAGGACACCCUCAGUCUGCUGUAUAUGCUUUGGUAGAGAAGAUCGCGGAGGACAUAAUAACCGGUCGUUGA